UUCUCCGAUCGACGUCUGGCAACUUAUUUCUACCUUUUCGGUCCCUUCCCUGCUCUCGAGCGGCGAGCGGAGCUUGAAGAUCGCCAGCCACCAUGACUUCUCUCCCCCCGGAAGUCGAGGCGUCGUACUCGGCCAUCAUUGACAGCAUCCUUGCCGCCAGCGAUCUAAACACCAUCUCCGCCAAGCGCAUACGGAAGGGCCUGCAGGAAAAGGUCGACUAUGAUAUCUCCCACCAGAAGGAGCAAGUUACGGCCCUCAUCAUGGCGCGCUUCGACAAAUUCAACAGUGAGCGCAACGGCCCCCCCGACCCCGAACCCGCAGAGCCCAUCCCCACCAUCGAGCGAGCAAUUCCUGCCACAAACGGCACCAAAGCGCCUGCAGCCGAUAGCUCCGAGGGUAGCGCUAGCGCUGCAAACUCCAAGAAGCGCACUCCCGACGACGAGUCAGCAGUGUCAGAACUAGAACAGAGCGCGCCAAAAAAGAAACAAAAGAAGAAUAAGAGUAUUGAGGAGGACGAUGCGGCAUAUGCGGCCAGAUUGCAGGCCGAGGAGAAUCUGAAGUCGAGGGCGAGGAGCACAAGGGGUGGGAAUACGAAGAAGCGAGUACCAGCGGCGAAGAAGAAGAGUGGAAAGAAGAAGAGCGCGAAUAAGGUCAAGGAAGAGGAUGAUAGUGAUAUUGGCUCGGGCAGUGGAGCAGAGAAGAAGGAGGUAAAGCGGACAGGGGGUUUUCACAAGCCAAUGACACUAUCAGCGCCGCUGUCGGAGCUCCUAGGAGAGACCAGCCUCUCACGACCCCAAACCGUCAAGAAGAUCUGGGAAUACGUCAAGGAGCGAGACUUACAAGACCCAAAUGACAAGCGGCAGAUCCGGUGCGACGAAGCCAUGCGAGCCGUCUUCAAGCAAGACCGUGUGCACAUGUUCACCAUGAACAAGAUUCUGAACCAGAAUCUGUACGCCCAGGACGAGUAGUAUGGACACGAUGCUGUAGAGUGCGUCUUUCGUGAGCCCUCUCUCUCCACUACAAGAGUCAUUCAAGACUCACAGCAUGUCUCCCACGC